AUGGACGUUUCGCCAACGUCGAUCCUCAAUCCAUUUCUCGGACCCCAAGACCCAGAAGAAGCCGUCCUAGAGGCUAGAGAAGCUCACAGAUACCUUCUCGCCAAAUCAUACUUUGAUACUCGCGAAUAUGACCGUUGCGCUGCUGUUUUUCUCCCUCCAUCCAUGUCAUCAAUUCCGUUAGCACCUCGUGCUCCAUCUACCUCGAAACCAAAGACUGCUCUCCAACCGCAAAAAGGCAAAGAGACAACUGCAUUAUUUGGCAAUAAGAAAGGCGGCGGUUCAACAUCACAAAACCCAUUUCCGAAGCUGAGCCAGAAAUCGUUAUUUCUCUCCCUAUACGCAAAGUAUUUAGCUGGCGAGAAGCGGAAAGAUGAAGAGACAGAAAUGGUACUUGGGCCCGCGGAUGGGGGGAUGACCGUGAACCGGGAGCUCCCUGGACUUGCCCAAGGGCUAGAAGGUUGGUUUUCCGACCGACAAGAAAAGGGUCUUGAGGAUAGGGGACAGGGAUGGCUAGAGUAUCUCUAUGGAGUGGUGCUCCUGAAGGCCAAAAACGAAGAAGAAGCAAAGAGGUGGCUAAUAAAGAGUGUUCAUCUUUAUCCGUUCCAUUGGGGUGCAUGGCAAGAACUGAAUGACUUGCUAGCUAGUACAGACGACCUCAAACGUGUGGUUGAUGAACUACCCCAGAAUAUCAUGACUUUAGUAUUCCACCUAUACUCCAGUCAAGAACUGUAUCAGGCAACGGAAAACACACACCAGAUUCUCACGGAGCUAGAAAAUUUCGAAGAAGCAUCCCACCUCUUUUCUGAACUUCUUAUUAAUUCUCCCCAUCGUCUCGACUCUCUAGAUCAUUAUUCAAACAUUUUAUACGUCAUGGGUGCAAGGCCGCAGCUCGCUUUUAUUGCUCAGCUUGCCACUGCAACAGACAAGUUCCGUCCAGAGACAUGCUGUGUCGUGGGCAACUACUACUCCUUAAAAUCAGAACACGAGAAAGCGGUCAUGUACUUUCGACGUGCACUAACCCUGGACAGAAACUUUUUAUCCGCAUGGACCCUUAUGGGCCAUGAAUAUAUUGAAAUGAAGAAUACCCAUGCAGCUAUCGAGUCGUACCGAAGAGCUGUGGAUGUUAACCGCAAGGACUACCGUGCGUGGUAUGGUCUUGGUCAAGCUUAUGAAGUGCUUGACAUGUCAUUCUAUGCACUUUUCUAUUAUCAGCGUGCUGCAGCCCUCCGGCCCUAUGAUCCGAAGAUGUGGCAGGCAGUUGGGUCUUGCUAUGCCAAAAUGGGCCGUACGGAACAGAGUAUUCGUGCACUUAAACGUGCCCUUGCCGCCGGGUCUUAUUAUGACGGUGGAGGUACUGGGUUGAACUCAUUCUCUAGCGCGGGAGGUGGUACGAGGCUAAAUUCUAAAGGUUCUGGGAACCCCAAAAGAAUACUCGAUCCAGAGACGCUGCAUCAUAUUGCUACUUUAUAUGAAAAGUUAGGAGACGAGGAUGAGACUGCUGCGUAUAUGGAACUUACUCUACAGCAAGAAACUGGCCAGACUAAUCACGACGAUUCUGACCUUGAAGGUGGAGAAGGGGGAGGCCCCGCUGAAUCGCGACGUACCUCUUCGUUCACUCACCGCGAUGAUGUCGAAGAUGAAGCAGGUGGAACGGGCGUCACAGCAACGACCUCAAAAGCUCGCUUGUGGCUUGCAAGGUGGUCUUUGAAACAUGACGACUUGGAUCGGGCCGACCAGCUGGCUAGUGAACUUUGCCAGGACGGAAUUGAGGUUGAAGAGGCAAAGGCCUUAAUGAGGGACGUCAGGUCUAGAAGGGAGGCGGACGGACUUCAGACCUAA